AUGGGCGUAAGCUUGUUCUACGCACAUGUCCUCUUCCACCGUCGCCUCUUGAAUCCGCCUGGCCCGCCGUCCAAGUUCCACGACCUAGCUGUAACAAACAUCAUCGAGAUGACGAAGAAACAAUACGAGUCGGAUCCACGGCUCAUGCGUCGACUGCACUGGCCAAUUUUGAUGGCAGCGAUCGAAACAAAAGAUGCCUCUCAUCGCGAAUGGCUGCAAGAUCGUCUUACCGAUCUGCGUCAAUUCCAUUCGGAGUAUCUCUGGGCGAGUGAGAUUGCAGAUGAGAUUCUCUCCCGACAGGAUGCGAGCAACGGCAUCUACGCCGACGUAGCGGCAUUGCUGCGACAACGCUCGGGUAGAUGA